UAGCUAGGCAUGGUUCUAGAAGUGACGUAUGAAGAGCACUUCAGUUGAUCAUUUUCGUGUUUACCAGGCAGCUGGUCAUCCUCGAAAGCGCCCGCUUCGAUACUCACGACGAAGUGCAAUGGCGUCUGCUGUCAAUGCCGUGGCUGCUGCGAGCUCCGCUGCGAGCUUGGCAGUGUCCGCUGGUGUGAGCGGAAGAGGCGGCGUCAGCGCCACGGCGCUUCCCCUGCGGCGGCUUGAGGCUAGGUCAGCUUUCACAGGCCGCUCUCUUUUGCCACAUGUCGCCCCCGCUGCUUCUCGCAACCAGCGGAAGGCGCCAUCAAAGUUUGGUGUCAGAGCUUAUGAAUGGCACGAGUAUGAUCCCAAUGAGGAGUUGGCUGAGCUCGACAUCCGGGAGUGGCCGUAUAAAAAGUUCGUUGAGGAGACCUUGGAGGCAUUCCCAGAGAAGAUGAUUGCGGAUGUGGAGGAGGCCAGAGUGCUAUACGAGAGUGGUUAUACGUAUGUGGAUGUGCGUCCCGCCCUUGAGCUUCAGGAGGUUGGCAAAGUGGUCAACUCCGUGAAUGUCCCCUUGUACAACGCAAAGAGGGUCUACUCCAAGGCGGAGCACAAGAAGGUCGUCCAAAAGGAGGAGAACAAGGACUUCAUGAAGCAAUUUGAGAAGAAGUUCCCCAACAAGAGUGCCAAGCUGGUAAUUGCAUGCUCGGAUGGUCAGACCUACUCCAUGCCAGCACUAGAAAUGCUUGACGAGGCCGGCUACACAAACCUGGUUGCUUUGAAAGGGGGCUACUAUGCGUGGUUCCGCGUGUUUGACAACAAGUUGAACCGGCGGCGGUCGGGCGACUACGCAGAGGACUUCAGGCAUGAUGCAGGUUCAGCUGGCAUCCACGCAUCUGGGGCAGGCUUUGAAAAGAUGGAUGCAAUUGAGCAAUGGGUGCCCCCAUCCUAUUAGAGAGGACAGCAAGAGAUCGACAUUGAGAUAGGUUGGUCAUAACACUGAGGCGGCCUUGGUUACGCAUCAGGUAAAUUUUGGGACGCCGUUCUGCUAUAAUUUGCUUAUUUACCCCAGUCACGCUUAGCAAUAGACCUCCAUCUGGAGUUUAUGGAUCUCCUAUGGAUCUGCUAGUCGAUCGGACAGAGAAAGAGCGUCAGUUGGCUUCUUAUAGUGCCCAGCAUUAAAUGAAGAAAUCCUGUGGGCAUGGCUGGACAAUGGUCGCUUGGGUUCAGGUUGAUAUGUACUCGUGCUUGGUGAAUCGCCGAGCUAGUUUUGCGCCUUGCGAAAGUUGUUAUUGAGGGUGACAAGUUGACAUGCUGCGGUCAUUGCAUAAAGGUGUUGUGGUA